AUGGCGCAGAUUCGCCGCCGACGCCUCGAGAAAACGCAACACCGCAUGUUGGAGACCCUGUGGGACCAUUUGGACUUCGACUCGCCCGGCACGCUGAACGACGCUGAGCUCAACAGCCUCGGUCUGAAUUGGUUUGAUCAUGUUUUUUCCGGCUUGGAAAUGGAGUACGAGGAUGAAAUACAUCCUGUCAACAUCUACAAGGGACUCGACCAGGAAGAUAUGAGUUUUGGGUCACCGAUAGGCGACUGUCCUGACAACGCGGGGUUGUACAUGACCGGAUACUACAUGGUGCCGACCGCCGCCGACACACCGCAUCUGGGAAUCACAGUGCUCAACCCAAUUGUGGCCCGGGAAGGUGAGAUGCUCGAGUGCGAGCUCAAGGCCACCGCCGCUUGCUUGUGGGCACAAACCCGCUCGAAGCAAUUCACCGACCAUCACACCAAGCCCGUCCUCGUCUUCACCUUCCAAUCGGAAACCCACGCCCGCAUCACCCAAUCCCAUAUGGACGCCAAAACAAACAAAAUCAUCAUCCGCCAGUCGCGCCAGUUCGAGCUGAUCGGCGCCCCCGGCGAGCCACCCGCCGACGCCUACUUGCUCAUGCGUUGGCUGCUGAACGCCCCCGUAGGCGCGACCAAGUACGAGGACGAGCAGUCACCUAGUGAGGGCGAGAUCUCGAAGGGCGCGGGGACAGCCGGGGCUGGGAUGCCUGUGGUACCCAAGAUUGUGGUCGCCAAUCCUGACCGGUAG